AUGUCAGCAUCGCCUUCAACCACUGAUAAAUAUGAUGUUUUGCCGCCUGGUUUUGGAGGCAAACAUUUACAUAAUCAAUCAAAGGCUGAACAUAUUUCUCCGAUUAAAUGGAAAUGUCCUUCUUCGUUUGUUUUGAGAGAUAGUUGGCUCGUUGCAGCUGGUGAAGAAAGUACAGAGAAAAAUGAUCAAAAACAAAGAGAAUUGAAUGAGCUGGAAGCAUUUUAUCCUUCUAUUUAUGCCAUUCCUCCAAACCCUUUCGUUUCUGUUGAUGCGGAGAAGGAAAGCUACGAUGAUAGCAUUACUCCUCUUAUUCCCAUUGAAGAAGAAGAGUCAGUAGAACAUGUCAACAAUGACAUUGAAGAGUCACACAGUUUGCAACAUUAUGUACCCUCAACAUCAUCUCUCCUUAAUUUACAAAGCGGUGAAAAUUCAGUACUUGCCUUGUCUUAUCCAGGGGCAGAUUUUGUUGCAGCUACUGCCAUUGUAGCUGCCAUCAUGAAAAGCAAUGAGCAAGAAAGCAUGAUAGAUGCAGAUUCACUCCUUAAUAUGGUCAAUGACCCCAUAAUAAUUGAAAAAAUAAUUGACCAAUAUAGAACUGCUUCUUCUGACACUACCAGUACACCCUCAAAUGAUGCAAGUAUACCUAAACCUGAUACUUCAUCAACUCCAUUGCCUUCACCUACCCUUGCAAUUGAAGCUUCUGAGUCUACAUCCACAACCACAACUGUUUCACUGUUGACAUCUGCACUUCAUGAGCCUGCAACUCCUCCUCCUCCUCCUCCUCCGCCUGUUUCUUUGUCUAGGGCUCAACUAUCUGUUCCUCACGCACCAAAUGAAAUCAUGCCCUCUUUAAAUAUCCACUCUCCACAGCGAGGGAAAAAGGAAAAAACACCAUUGGCUUCUGCUGCAACAGGAAAACUGAACAAAGUGACAGUGCCUUCUGCUUCCUCAAACAUGCAUGCAGCUGUAAGCUCAGUACAUUCUCAACCAAGUGCUGAGAAAGAUGUCAAACAUGGCAAAAGUCUUGUUAGAAAACAUGAUACUGAUAAGCCAGACGUGAAGGACUCAGGAACCAGAAUUUGUCGAGAUUCGAGACUGCCAUCUAAGAAAGCCAUCGAAUCGAGGAAAGUGAAAUCCAAAGAUCAGAUACGAUGCAAAUUCUUUAAAACCUCAAAGGGUUGCCGUAAAGGUUCUGAUUGUCUUUACCAGCAUGAUGAGUCAGUUCAGCGGGAAGCUGAUAAUGCUAAAAGAUCAAAAGUCAAAAAAGAGGUUACGUGGAGGAUGUAAUCUUAAACUGCAUCGAUCUUCUGAUGGUGAGUACUGAGUACUAUAAUCCCUCGUACAUUGUAAUGACAAAAGGGAGCGAGACAGUUAGAGAGUUAGGAAUGAGAAACAUUUUUCAUUCUGGUAUUUUUAUUGGUUUACCUUAUUUUUGUUUCCAUCUUUCAUGAUGUUGUUUUAGACU